UGCUUUCCUAGUCAGACGCUCGAUGUAGUGAUGACACUUCUCGCUACAACCAGACUUCAUCUUUUCAAAGGACAUUUAACUUGAAUCUUUAUGCUUUCCGCCCAAGUGUCAUUGAAGCAAGAUAUGUACUUAUUGUGGCGAGUUCUUGAUCAAGCUCUUGAUUUUCAGCUUUCAAAUUCGUUGGGACAAGGUGCAGAUUCGGUGUGACAACUCUUUAGAUUCUUUCACUUAUACCAUAUCAUUCUUUGUUGUUGCGAAAGUCCAAUAGCUAUGGUGAGCUUUAGUUUGCAACUCUUCAUUCCUUUAAACUCAAGAUUGCUUUUGUAACAUCAAAAUUUAAUAAACAUUAAAAUCUAUAUUUUUAUUUUCUGAAAUUAAUUUAUACAAGUUUAUUCACAAGAAUCAUAAAAAAACAAAAAUAAUUAAAACCAUGUCGCUCAUCCCCCUGUCACGUACUAUUCAUUCCCUUCAAAGAUUCAAGCUUUUCUCUCCCUCUUCGUGCUUUUCGGAUACCCUUUUGACCCAAUUGCGUGAUCCCCUGAUUGCAUGUCUAUGGGGUUCGCAUGCUCCCCACCCUCAAUGCCGCCGGCGACGUCCUUCUCACCGACCCCCUCUCGCCGCGGCUCGGUAAUAUCGGCCAUGGAGAUUUAGUGCUGGUUCGGUCCCCUCUGAACCCUAAGAUCAGGCUGAUGAAGCGCGUGGAAGGGGACAACGUCACUUACUUCGACGCUUUGCACUCUAAAGCUGCUCAAGUUGCAGUGGUGCCAAAAAGACAUGUUUGGAUUCAAGGGGAUAACAUUUAUGCUUCCCGUGAUUCACGGCAUUUUGGUCCUGUUCCAUACGGUCUUAUAGAAGGAAAAGUGUUUUUCCGGGUAUGGCCUCCUGAUAGCUUUGGGCUAGACCAAUGAAGAAAUUUUAAAGAAGGUACUGUACUUUCAGUUGGGUUUGAGAUGUCUGUUUUCAUCUUUUUUUAAGGCAUUUAUUACAGUCUUGAAUGAAUGUUAUGAUCUUUACUAUAGAGAAAAUGAAAUCUUUCAUAUGAAUUUCUGCUUAUUAUUAGAGUUAAAAUUGUCAGGUUUUAUGCCUAUUAAUGCAGAUGUUUGAAUGUUUAAAUUCUCAUGAUAUAAGGCUACCUCUCUUCUCCUGUCAGAUUUUUUCCUGUCUAUCUCCUGGGAAGAGGGAAAGUUGACUUUACCAGGUAGAUCCAGCUGUGUAAUUUCCGAGUAACUGGAAUUUGGAAAUAUCAUUUAUUUAGGGAGGAGCAAGAUUUAUGAGUUGUAGUGGAGUUGUGAUAGAGUACAGUAUAUGGGCCCUAAUGCUACUGGAUCAGAAGAUAAUGUGUUAGUGGGCUUUAAACAAGACAGGUCCAUGUUUUUGAGAGUCUAUGAGCAUAUGGAAAAAAAAAGAGAGAAAAAA